CUCCGAGGCCGUCCGCCCUCCCUGCCCGGAGGCGCCGUGGACCUCGGUCUCCCGACUGCCCGAGCCCUAGCACCGCCUCGGGAGAGUCGCCGAGGGUGACCUGUUUACCUUGAAAACUUAGACGUGAUCGAAACAGGCGAGCCUGCCAUGCAUUAAGGGACUGCGGAAUGUUCUUCAGAUGUACACCGGAUAAAUCAGAACUGGGAGCUGCAGGGGACAUAUUCAGUGUCUUAAAGGGCCUGCAUUCCCUUCAAGGACUCAUACUAUGUGAUUCGUCAUGUGAAAGACCUCGCUAUUUGAUUUCGCUCUUGCUACUUUUCGUUUAUAUUAUCUGUUGAGAAAAGCAUGAGCAACAGCUGUCACUCUCUGAGGGUAGAAACUGCCACGAUUCACAAAGACAAGAAAUAGCUUUCCUGUAAUCACAAGAUGACUAAGGAUGGAUCAUGAAGCUGCCCAGCUGGAGAAGCAGCAUGUACAUGAUGUGUAUGAGAGCACAGCACCUUACUUCAGCGACCUGCAGAGCAAAGCUUGGCCUCGCGUCCGCCAAUUCCUCCAGGAGCAGAAGCCAGGAAGCCUCAUUGCUGACAUAGGUUGUGGGACUGGAAAAUAUCUUAAAGUGAACAGCCAGGUCUAUACCUUGGGCUGUGACUACUGUGGGCCAUUGGUUGAGAUUGCCCAGAGUAGAGGAUGUGAAGUCAUGGUGUGUGACAACCUUAAUCUCCCCUUCAGGGAUCAGGGCUUCGAUGCCAUCAUCUCCAUAGGAGUUAUACACCAUUUUUCUACAAAACAAAGAAGAAUCAGAGCAAUAAAGGAAAUGGCCAGAGUCUUAGUUCCUGGAGGCCAGCUGAUGAUUUAUGUUUGGGCCAUGGAACAAAAGAACCGGCAUUUUGAGAAGCAAGAUGUGCUUGUUCCGUGGAACAGGGCCUUGUGUUCCCGGCUCCUCUCUGAAUCCAGCCAGCCUGGGAGAGCGAAGCAGUGUGGACAUCCAGAAAGAAGCCAUCCCUGCCAUCCUCCGUGCUCUGCGUAUAGCUGCUCUGUUUGUUUUAAGGAGCGAUGUCAUUCAAAACGGUCUCACAGCAUAGGCUAUGAACCUGUUACAGCUGGAACCUGUUGUGCAGGUAUUUCUAAGGAAAGUGAGGAAGACAAUGGCUUCUAUAACACAUUAGGAAAGUCUUUUCGUUCCUGGUUUUUCUCCAGAUCUUUGGAUGAAUCAACUCUGAGGAAACAAAUGCAAAGAGUGAGACCCUUGAAAAACACUGAGAGUUGGGCCAAUAGCACUAUAUCAAUCCAGCCUUCCAGACACUCCAGUUUAGACUUAGGUCACCGAGAGCCGUUUUCAACAAGAGAGCAAAAUUUGGAUGAGGAAGUGUUUGUGGAAACGUCUCAAAAACAUCUGGAGUGGCUGAGAGCACCAGCUACAAGGAAACAUUUAGAUAGAGACCAUCGAGAGGAAAUUAGGAGAAACAGUGAUGGGAAUUUUCUGAAUAGCACCAGUACUAAUGAGAAUUGUGUGGGUGCAGGUAACGUAGAAGAAGGCAACAGUUCUGCUAGUAAAAUAUUGAGAAGAAUUUCUGCAGUUGAUUCCACGGAUUCCAUCCCAAAUGACACAAUUUCUGUGGAGGAACGACAGCCCAACGUUUUGGAUUCUAGAGCCUUUAUGCGCUACUAUCACGUGUUUCGAGAAGGUGAGCUCUGUGGCCUGCUGAAGGAGAAUGUGUCCGAGCUCCACAUUCUGAGCUCUGGGAAUGAUCAUGGCAACUGGUGCAUUAUUGCAGAGAAAAAGGAAAACUGUGGUUGAUUGGAUCAUUUUAGACAACCCCUCCAUAGAUGAAACCACCUCUUUUCACUGGGUUUGGUAUGGUUACCUGAAUUGAAUUUCAGUAUUAUUACUUUUUAAUCUAUUGAUGCUGUGAUCUGUAGAUGCUCUGAAUUGAUCAUCUUUUUAAUCUUUAGGUAAGCACAGAGCCUGGCAUCUAAAGCAUUUGACAAAGGGUAUUUGUGAUUAAAUGUUGAUAUAAGAGAUCUGCAGAAGCAAUAUAAAGUGAACUUAACACAGUUUGGAUUUUUUCCCCUGAAAGAUGAAAUUAU